AUGAAUAUUGGCCAUUGUUACUUUUGUGUUGAUAAAAUGAAACUCCUUUUUUCAGAACUAGAUAAAACAACAUCCAAGCUUAUGAUAUUUUGUUUUAUCACUUUAGGCAAGAAUAUUUCCGUACGUCUUACUGCAGAGAACAGCGUUCGUCUUGUCGUUGAACUUGCAUCAGGAGAUCAAGUUGGCAUCUUUAUUAUGGAAUUGAAGAAAGCAAUGAGUGCUUAUAAGCAGCGCAUCAGUAUUGUUGGUGAAUCCACUUUUAAAUGGCUCGAGAAUUAUACAUCAAGUAUCUCCUCAAAAUCUGAAGACUCUACUGAUGGACGCACUACCUUUAAAAGUCAUAUACCUAUGUUAAAUAACCUAUCAAUGGAACCAACUUCAUCUAAAUAUAAACAAGAAAAUGAUUCAGUUAUGUUGGACGUCGGUUCUUCUGUUCUUUCCUCUAAUGAAGUCUUGUCAAAAUCGCGUCCACAGAGACCCUCAUUCACCUCCGAUACAUCAAUCAACUUUAGAACUGAGAGAGAAACGUUUGUAAGACUUGUGUUGAACGACCGUCAGAAUGAAUUUGUUGAUAUUCGACAAUUAAGAUUUCUUGUUUGUACGUGGAAUGUGAACGGUCAGGGGCCUGGAGGCGACUUACGUCAGUGGUUUACUAGGGAAGAAGGUGUUCCUGAUGUCAUUGCUAUUGGUUUCCAGGAAUUGGAUCUUAGUACCGAAGCCCUCAUGGGUCGUGACUCGAAACGUGAGACGGAAUGGAUGGAAAGAGUGAAUAAAAGUGUUGAAAAAGUUGGUCAAUAGAGUUGGUCUGUUCGUCUUGUGGGAAUGUUAUUGGCUGUUUUUAUUAAAUUGGAACUUUAUGAUGAUGUCGAUGAUAUUGAUACAAAAUACGUUGGUACUGGAAUCAUGGGAAUGAUGGGUAACAAAGGUGGCGUUGCUGUAAGGUUUCAACUGUUUAAUACAACCGUUUGUUUUGUUAAUUCUCAUUUGGCUGCACAUCAGGAAGAAGUAGAGAGACGAAAUCAGGAUCAUCGCGAUAUCUUGGUAAGAUUGGGAUUUCCUGAAAGUAACCUGACCAUCAUGGAUCAUGAUCAAAAUUUUAAAGAAGGUUGUCUAGCGUUUAAACCAACUUAUAAAUAAUCCGGUACUGACGAUUGGGAUAGUGAAAAGGAUCGAAUUCCAGCGUGGUGUGAUCGAGUACUUUGGUGUACAAUAGAAAGCAACACAGUACAACAGAUGGCAUACGCUAGCUGUCCUGAAUUCAAACUGAGUGAUCAUAAGCCAGUCCAUGCUUUGUUCAAUGUCAAUGUGAAAGUCGUCGACAAAAAGCGGGAGAAAGUUGUUUUGGAGGAAGUUGUUCGUGAACUGGACAAAAGAGAAAAUGAUUUUCUUCCUCAAGUUGAGCUUACUGUUAAAGAGUUAAAUUUCGGCGAUGUUCAAUUCCUUGAAAAGAAAACAUUGAACUUUCAACUGAGAAAUGUUGGACAGGUUGCAGUGCAAUAUACUUUCAUCCCUAAACUUGAAGAGAAAUGGUUUUGUAGGCCUUGGUUGACCGUAGAGCCGUCUGCAGGACUCGUUAAACAACACGAUUCAAAGACUCUUGAAGUCAGCGUAUUUGUCAAGGCUGACACCGCUGGACCUUUGACUGCAGGCAGAGAAAAGAUUGAAGAUAUAUUAGUAUUGCAUCUACAAGGUGGAAAGGAUUUCUUUUUACCCAUAUCUGGUACAUACAAACCCAGUGUCUUUGGCUCCAGUAUUGAAAGUUUAGUGUUCCUAUAUCGACCAAUGCAGGAUGCUCCAGUUGCUAAACUCAUUGAUAUUGAAUGUUCCGAACUCGAUGGAAAUCCCCAGCAUUCGAAAGCUUUAGAUCUACCCAAGGAAUUAUGGCUGCUUGUCGAUCAUUUACAGAAACAUGGAAUUUGCGAGCCAAAUCUAUUUAAAUUGUCAGCUUUUGAAGGAGAGUUUCAAAAGAUUCGUGAACAUCUCGACACAAAAGCCGAUGGCCAUUUACCAGGUAGCAUUCAUUCAAUAGCCGAGGCUUUGUUGCUGUUUCUGGAAAGUCUUGAGCAACCAGUCAUCCCGUUUGAAAUGUAUCAAAAAUGUAUGGAUUGCAGUAACAAUUACACUUUAUGUAAACAGAUGGUGGCGAGACUACCCGAAAGUCACAAGAAUGUUUUUACCUAUCUAACAGAAUUUUUAAAAGAAUUGUUGCACUAUUCAAGAUGGAAUAAAUUGGAGCCUAAAGUACUUGCUACAAUAUUUGGUGCAAUAAUGCUUCGACCAUCUCCUGUUGAAGAAGAAAUGACAGAAAAACAGUUAUCACAACAAGGCCAGAGAAGAGCAAGGUUUAUUCAUCAUUUCAUUGCAUUACCUAACAAUCAUGCAAUCAGCUAGCAUGAAACUGGUAACAUUGAUAAGGAAAGAAGAAAUCACACACUUGCCUGCUAUGGUUUCAUCAAUGCAAGCAUUAAAAUGGUCAAGGAGGUAUGGAGUACUUUGUAAAUUAUGUAUUUAUGUGGAUUAAGGUGGUAUGUACAUCACAGUGUUUUUAAAGUUUUAAGUUGUGGUGAACAUGGGCAUAAAGCUUGCAAACAUUACCAUAGAAUGAACAUAAAAUCUUUUGUUAAAUAUCACCUAAAAUACUCUCUACUCUAUGUCUUAUUUACAGUCUUAUGAAAGUAACAGUGCACAUACAUGCUAUUGAUUUUUAAUCAAAUUAUGUCUAAUAAACAACAGUAUUUCUGUAGCCAUAA